GUUAUGUGCAUGUGUUGCCCAGUGUUGUGCUCCAAAACGUCGAAAUUACUCCAAAAAAUUCAGAAACACAAAUAGAAAGCCUGCGAUAAGUGAAACUUUGCAUUUAGUUCACAACUCGAAUUUUUGGAUUAAAGACUCGAACGAUGGCUGUGCUGCACAGGGCACUUUUCACCUGGUUCAAUCUCCUCAUCUUCCUGAUCCUCCUGGUGCUGAGGCUGGACCAGAGGAUCCAGUGGAACUGGUUUAUCGUCUUCAUCCCAAUGUGGCUUUAUGAUAACAUUUUACUGACGUAUGUUGUGUUCAACAUGAUAUCCCACUGCAAGAACGGGCAUGACAGGAUCAACACCCUUCGUCGAAAGGGAUGGUACGUCCUGGCAGUUCUCCUAAAAUUCAGCGCUCAAAUUCUCGUCUGCCUGAAACUAGAAACCCCCCAGUGGAAUUUACCAGCUAAAGCAGUCCUGGCUCCUGUCUGGCUGCUCCUCCCAGCCCUCGCUGUUGACGUUUUUAUCCAUUUAAUUCAACACUCGAGAUACUGACUAACGCUCAGAGACAUAAACAUCCUGCGUCACCAUUGUCAUUGAAAGACAAUUAAAAGUAAACUCACUUGAACUUUAUAUUCACCUCAAAACGAUAAUAAUUAAGAGUUUACUUGUCUCGGAUCCGGAGGGAGCUCUCCAGUUUAUCCCAAGUGAUUAAAAAAACAACCAGUGAAGACAAAAAAAUCGUGAUCUAUUCGAAGAGUUCCGAAAAUUGAAAAAGGACUUUUAUAAACUGACUCGUGGAAGACUUUUUAGUGCAAUCGUAAAACCAGAACUCUGAAUAGCCUAAUGGAAACCACGUUUCGUCGAUCAAAACGGGAGGAAGUAACGACAAACGUGAAUAUCAAACAGUAAACAAAUAUCGAAUGCGUCAUUCGAGCUUUGAUUCACGUGGGAACAUCUAAUUUUACGCGUCUCACGAGACUAGCCCUUGGACACUCUCCAAAUAAUUAAGUAAAUGGAUCACCAAAAUUUCCCAAAAUCAUUUCAUUAAUAUCCAAUGGUCCUAACAAAUAUAUUUUUUCUGUUUACCAAAAAAAAAACUUGAGUAAAAAGUAACUUAAAAGAGCGGCAGAAAUGCAAGUAAAAUCCCAGUGGCUGAACGCACGCAUGAACAUUCACAUAAACAAAAAUGACUGAAACAUCAUAAUAAUUGACAAAUAAUUAUUGAGGGAAAUGAAACCAUCAGGUAAACAUGAAAAACGUUGAGUUCGAAACGGUUGAAGAAACGUUGGAAGCCUCCAAGGAAAUAAAACAAUACUUCCAUUCGGAAGCAAAAGGAGAAGCAAGAUUAAUAAUGAACGGCCAGAAAUUUCCCAAAACUAUCUCAUUAACGUUUCAUCCUUUAAACAAUAUAUUUUUUGUCUAACAAAAAAAUCCUGAAAAGAACAGUAGAAGUGUAAGUAAAAUUUGAGCGUUUUGACUCCCGCAUUAAAACUCAAAUGAAUGACAAAUAAUUAAAACAUUAUAAUAUUUAAAAAAUGAAUACCGAGAAAAAUUGAAUCAUUAGUUAUGAAAAAUGUUGAGUUCGGACGGAAACCUUGGCAAUUCCCCACCAAACUAAAAGAGAGAGAAGCAAAAAUAAAUUAUGAUCUGAAGUUUUCAAAAAUUAUUUCUUCAAUAUUCCAUCCCUGAAGUAAAAACUUCAAAUAAACAAUAAAUAAUUAAAACAUGAUCGUAAUGAAGAAAUAAAUAUCGAGGCAAAUUGA